GAUGAUAAGGACCAAAAUGCGCUAAGUGAGCUGCACUACGACGUUUGGGAGAUAUUCAGCAAGUACGUGCAUUCGACGGCACCGGAACGAGUGGCACUGCCUGAGGAGGUGCAGAAUGAAUUUCGAAUUGCUGUCGAAACGCGUACAAUUGAGGCGUUGGAUCGCGCUAUUGAAAAGGCGUUCCAGAUGGUCUAUAAACGUCUUCAGCACGAAUACGUGGUACCGUUCUGCCAGUCGGAAUGUUAUCUGGGGCAUCUGUGUGGAUCACCACCAAUUUCGGUGGAUGAGUUGAUGUUUGUGGGUGAACGAUCGAAUUUAGGACGUCGUCUCACACUGCCGGGCACUGAGUCAUCCUUUUCUCUAUCGCAGUUCAGGAAUCGUUUAUGGAAGGUGCUGAUGCCGUCUGCAGUGGAUGGCUCGGUGGAGUCAACUUCAUCAUCAUCGUUCGAUCGUCUCAGUGAUAUGGCUUAUGGUGGCGGAGGGUCAUCGUCGAACCUCACAAAGGGUGCGAUGCAUGUUGAACUGGCAAAUGAUGCGAGUGCAGUGGCUGGUUCGCAUCCGAAUCCUGAGUACAUGCUUCAGUAUGCAUCUUUACCGAGUAUUGAUAUAACUUAUGAGAAGAAUAGUAACGACAGUAAUGGCGCAGAGGUGGAGAUAUCGCCUGUUGCUGCGGUGGGGAGCUCGGAAGAGACGAGCGAACGACAUCCGUCUCGUUCGAUAAGUCCAAAUGAGUUAACGAUAUUCGAUCCGCAUCGUGACAUAAAUCGAUGGAUGGUCACAAUACCACGCAUUGAGCCACGACGAGACCCGUCAAAUCAACGCACAAUGUAUGUGUAUAUUGUUUGUGUUGAGCGAUUUGAUGUACAGGAUAAUACCAAUGUGGAAAAUUCUAAUGAAUCAACUGUGUCGAAUGGAACAAAUCGCACGAAUAAAGAGGGAGCAGGAGGAGCGAUUGCUCGAAGUAAUAGUAAUCGAAAUAUUGAUAAUGGCUAG